AUGUUAAGUGCCGGACGACAAUCAACACGUUCGCCGACUACAUCACAAACUGAUUCGUAUGGUGCUGGAUCUGUGCCAAGAACCAAUGGCCGUCCUUAUCCACAACGUUCAUCAAUUAAUGAAGAAAAUGAAAGAGAUGACAAUGAGUAUGAACCAGCAUCAGACGAUAUCGAUGAACAAGAAAGAACCUAUCGACCACCACCGCGUAACGAAGAUCCAUAUUUAUCUGCAUUAAAACUUCGUUUUCCAAAUCGACCUAGAACUGAUUAUGCUUAUUCAAGACCGUCUGGUCCUCCAAAUCCAUCCGUACCACCGCCACCACCACCACCACCGCCCACUACUCUACCAACAACGACAGCAACAAUAUCAGGAAGUACAAGAACGCCAAACAGUGGACCUUAUCAAUCAGCAAUAAGACCUAGUGGUGGUACUACUGUAUCAGACGCAUCUGAUGAUAGAACAUUUCCAAGACCAGCUUUACGUCGUGUCAAUCCAGAACAACAAAAUACUUAUGCACGACGUAUUUCUAGUGAAACGAUAACACCAACUCCUUCGUCGAAACCAAUUAGUUCAGGUGGUGCAAAUGUUCGUAUCACUGAGCCAACUAUCGAUACAGAUCAACCUAUUAUGUCAACAUUUGCGUAUCAAUCAGGAAUACCAAGACCAGAAGAAAGUAUAUUUGAAACAAUUCCUUCACACGGUGGACCAGUUUCUUAUUUGGGGAUUGGUACUUUUUCACAAUUUGAACAAUGUUUACGUGAAUGUCUAGAACGUGAACGACGUCAAACUGGUAUUGCAAGUCAAAUUACACGACAUGAUAUUCCGCCGAACAUGUCUGUACAUGAUUAUGGCUAUGAUCCUGCUGUAGCAUCAUCACAUCCUCCUCAAGAAUUUUAUCCAAGUAGUAAUCCUUAUUUAAUUGAUUACCCUUCAAGAUCUUCUCCAACACUUUUACUUGAUGAUAUUCGUCAUAUUAAUGUAGCUCUCUCUAAAAGUGGUAUUUCAUUAUAUCCCUAUGAACGAUUUUCUCCUGAAUCGUUUUGUUAUCCAGGAUCAAUGUCAAUACCUAGUAGGAAUAUUCAUAGUACUUAUCCAACUGAACGACGUAUUAUUGGUGAAGUCGUAUCAGCAUGCCGAUUUGUUGAAGAAGAUUCGGAAUUAUUAUAUAAUAGACAUAGAAAUCAAGCUGUACAAAGUGUUUCGAAUGCACUACAAGAUCAUCGACCAUUUUCAUAUAUUGAUGAUUCAAUGUCAAGUAUAUAUCCGAGAGGACCAUAUGAUAUUUAA